AUGGCUGUCUUUACACUGGCCGAGCACUGCGAAUUUUUCAGCUACCGUUCCGGUGAGGCGGUGGACAGUUCCAACGAGGAUCUACGAGGACAAACAUUGUUCAUUUAUAGCAAUGCAACAAGAAGUCAGUUCUUUCAAUACACGACUCUUUCUACAUUUCGUCUCUUCUUCAUUGGUCUGAGUCUCAUUUAUAAUCAUAACAGCCAUGGCUACCGCGUUGUGCCAUCCUGUCUCAAUGCCAAGAUCAUCAAGAAUAAUUGUAUCCUCCUCAACGCUAUAAAGACAUAA